AUUGUACACCAUUUAAUGGGCUUACAUCAACAUGAGACUAAGAUUCUUUUUGCGGAAAAUUUGCACAUGCAAACUCCCUUCUCUAUAUAGCUUUUCAUUGAUGUCUCAAUUUUGAAUCCUGCUUUUGGUAUCUUCCAGUUCAAGUUUUAAAACGUUAGGUACAAGUUUCAACAUCCCUCACCCUUUUCUGCCCCCUAUCACAUUCACACCUUCUACACUGAUUUGUCACCUUACUCCUUUCGCUUUAAGUUGAGCUAUUUUGAUUAUAUAGAUGUACCUUACCAUUUUAAUUAGUAGCUUUCAUGCUAUUUUGAUUAUAUGCAUUUGGAUUCAUUAGGACUUGAAGAUUUUCAUCUCUGCUUCAUAUCUCCAGAAAUGGCAAAUUUUGUUGCUUCAGGCCUAUCUGCUGAACCUGCUUUCAGAAGAAAGAUGAACUUUUGAUGACAGCCAAAUCGAUCUGCACUUAAUUUUUUUUAACUUUCUUGCACCCAAAGACCAGAAUUUCAAUGAGAAAUUCCAAAAUUCCAUGUAGAGGAUUGGAUUAUCGUCUCUGCAUUCUGGCUUUUGCUGUGUGUUUGGUGUUGAUUGGGACAGUUUCAAGAUUGAGUUUUGCAAACGUGUCUUACACCACAGUCACCAGGUUACAGCACUACCAUCCUAAGCGAGAUGUAUCAAAAGGAAAAGGGUACCCUCCUGUUCUUGCGUAUUGGAUUUUCGGCAUGAAGGGAGAGAGCAACAAGAUGCUAAGGCUGUUGAAGGCAGUGUACCAUCCAAGAAAUCAGUACCUACUUCAGCUUGAUGAUGGUUCCUCUGAGUCUGAAAGAAUGGACUUAGCUCUUUCAGUUAAAUCCCAUAAGUUGUUUGAGGCAUUUGGGAAUGUGAAUGUCAUUGGGAAAAGUUAUGCCAUCAAUAGGAUGGGAUCUUCUGCACUUUCUGCUCCUCUGCAUGCUGCUGCUUUGCUUCUUAAAGUUAACUCAGAUUGGGACUGGUUCAUCACUUUAACUGCUUCAGAUUAUCCUCUUAUGACUCAGGAUGAUCUCCUUCAUGCUUUCACGUUCUUGCCAAAAUAUCUCAACUUCAUUCAUUAUACUAACAAGACGGUUCGGAACGUGCAAAGAAACACUGAUCAAAUUGUGGUUGACCAAAGUUUGCAUUAUGAAAAGAGCAGCCCACUUUUCUUUGCUGUGGAAUCCAGAGAAACCCCAGAAGCCUUUAACAUGUUUCAUGGUUCACCUUGGGUGAUUCUUACAAGAGCUUUUAUGGAGUACUGUGUGAAAGGGUGGGACAAUUUACCGAGAAAGCUUCUAAUGUUCUUCAGCAAUGUGGUUUAUCCCCUGGAAUCUUAUUUCCACACAGUCAUGUGUAACUCCCCUGAGUUCCAGAACACCACUGUGGAUAACACUUUAAUGUACAGUCUUUUUGACACUGAUCCUUCUGAAUCCCAAUUGCUUGAUAUAUCACACUAUGAUACUAUGUUGGAAAGAGGGGCUGCAUUUGCACGUCCAUUUGGUGAAGGUGAUUUGGUUCUGGAAAAAAUUGAUGAUUUGAUUCUUAACCGAUCUUCUAAUGGGUUGGUUCAAGGAGAGUGGUGUUCUAACACUGAAAUAAAUAAGACUAAAAAGGUUUCAGAAGAUGAAGGAGAGUUUUGCUCACUAUCUGGAAACAUUGAUGUUGUAAAGCCAGGUAUGUCUGGCAUCAAGCUUGGAACUCUACUAGAUGAAAUUGUAAAUAGUGGGAGAUCUAGAACUAGCCAAUGCCAGUUCUAUAAAGGGUGACAAAGUAAAUGUUGCUAGAAACUCUUUGAAUGUGAUCCAUUUUUACUUUUAACAGCUGAUGGAGCUUUGAAAUUGCUCGACUAUUUAGGUGUGUCUGAUUAUAAUUGAGUGCAACGUGAAGAAACAUUUAUCUUAAUUCAUAAGAAGAGUUUGUUCA